AUGAAGUUUUCGCACUCGUUGCAGUUCAACGCCGUCCCUGAGUGGAAGGAGCACUAUCUGGCGUAUUCGGCGCUCAAGAAGCUUAUCUACGAGCUACAGGAGCUCGUGCUGGAGAAUGACAACUCCAACACGGCGUCCUCGAAGCUGGCCACGUCGCAAACGUCGGACAACGACGUGCGGUCAAAUCUGGCCGGGCUGGAGCUUUCUGGGGCCGCCAAGUGGAAGGUGUCGCUCAUGGACAAGAUGGGCUCGUUGAGGCGCAAGAAGGAGGAGGCAACGACCGAGACUCUCGAGCUCGAGUCGAUUUCGGAGCAGGAGACGUUAGACCUGGCAAAGGUCGAUCUGGACAAGGUUUCGCCGACCAAGGUGUUUGAGACGGCUCUGUUGAAGGAGCUGCGCAAGAUCGACCGUUUCUACACCGCGCAGGAGAAGGUGAUUUUCAGCGAGAUCGACCGGCUGCUCAAGGAUUUGCAUUACUACAAAGAGACUCAGGACGAUUUACAGAGGGUCAAGACCAACGACAGACUGGACCGUUUCAGCAAGGAUGUCGAGCGCGACGCGGGAGACGACGACGAGGACGAUCUCGAGAGCACGACGGCGUUCUCGACGCUGCUGAGCGACCGCGAGCUCAACCUCUCGUUCCAGCACGAGGUGAGCUACAAAAAGCGCAUUGUGCAGGCGUUCAUUGAGCUGUCGGAGCUCAAGUCGUUCAUCGAGCUCAACAAGAUCGGCUUCAGCAAAGUGUGCAAGAAGUUCGACAAGGUGCUGGAACAGCACAUUCGCGAGCGCUUUGUCGAGUCGCUCAGCUCGCGGUCCGAGGUGUUUAGUGCUGCCACGCUCGUCAAGAUCGACGACUACCUCGACGAGCUGGUGGAGGUGUAUGCUGGCGUGACGCGGGACUCAAUUGAGGCUGCUCGGGCGUUUCUGCGCAGCCAUUUGCGCGAACACAUCGUUUUCGAGCGCAGCACCGUCUGGAAAGAGAUGAUCGGUAUCGAGAAGGACAAACACAAUGCCAAGGGCUCGAACGUGUUGACGGGCGACGAGGCAGAGCUCAAGGGCAUGUUCCAGGUCGAGAUGUACAGCACAGAGGUCUCAUGGCUACCCUUCCGGCUGGGUGUGCCGAAGUUCCUGUUCGGCUGGACAGCUUUCAAAAUCGCUCUGGCAAUUCUCGCGGGCGGUAUCUUGCUCGGCGUCAAGACGCUCAACGACCGCACGCAGGGCAACUGUCUUGCCGUGGUGGCCGUGUGCGCAAUUCUAUGGGCCACAGAGGCCAUCCCGCUGUUUGCCACGUCGCUGCUCGUGCCGUUCCUCGUGGUCACGUGCAACGUGCUCAAGGACGCCGACACGGGCGAGGUGAUGGACGCCGCGGACGCGGCCACCUACAUCUUCGGCACGAUGUGGAACUCCACGAUCAUGCUGCUGAUCGGCGGGUUCACGCUCGCGGCCGCGUUGUCCAAGUACAACAUCGCGCGCAUCGCGUCGUCGUACAUUUUAUUUUUCGCCGGCACGUCGCCGCGUCGCAUUUUGCUGGCCAUCAUGGUGGUGGCAUUAUUCCUGUCGAUGUGGAUUUCGAACGUUGCGGCGCCCGUGCUCGCGUACUCGCUGAUCGGCCCGCUGCUCAAGAGCAUUCCGACCGAAUCUGGCUUUGCGCAGGCGCUCGUGCUGGGCAUUGCGCUCGUGUCCGACGUGGGUGGCAUGAGCACGCCCAUCUCGUCGCCGCAGAACAUCAUCGCCAUCGAGGCACUGGACCCACACCCGUCGUGGGGUAACUGGUUCUCGUUCUCGAUCCCUCUGUGUCUGAUUGGGCUUUUCGUUGUGUGGCUGGAGAUGAUCCUCACGUUCAAAAUUAACACCGUGAAAAUCAAGCCUAUCAAGCCGAUUCGGGCCGCCUUCACCCUCAAACAGUACUACAUCUGCUUCGUGUCCGUGCUCACCAUCGUGCUGUGGUGUCUCGAGUCGCAGCUCGAGUCCCGGCUCGGGUCCUCUGGCAUCAUCUCGAUCGUGCCGAUCAUCGCUUUCUACGGAACAGGCCUGCUCACCACCACAGACGUCAACAACUACCCCUGGUCGAUCGUCCUGCUCGCGAUGGGCGGCAUCGCGCUCGGCAAGGCCGUCAGCUCGUCCGGCCUGCUCCACACCAUCGCCACCUCGCUCUCCGACAGAAUCCACACGUACCCGCCGAUCGCGAUAUUGGCCAUCUUCGGCGUGCUCUGCGUGGUGUUUGCAACGUUUGUGUCGCACACCGUCUCGGCGCUGAUUCUGAUUCCGCUGGUCCAGUCCGUCGGGCAAGAGCUCGACCAGGAGUUCCUGCUCGUGUGCGGAAUCACGCUCAUUGCGAGCGUCGGCAUGGCGCUGCCAAUGUCGGGCUUCCCGAACUCGAUCGCCAUCUCCAUGACCGACGACCUCGGCAAACGCUAUCUCUCGACGAGCCUGUUCAUCUCGCGCGGUGUGCCGAUCUCGCUUGUCAUGUUUGUGAUGAUUAUCACCGUCGGCUACGGAAUUAUGAGCAGCAUCAAAUAG